AUGAAUUUUUCCGUCAUCAUUGCCUACGCAGUGACCUUGGUGAUUUCAACAUCAAAUCGGUAUAGGUUUUUAGAUGAAGCUUUUAGAAUGUAUUUUCCCAUCAAUUCAUCAUCCCCUGGAUUUCUCACAACUGCGGGCUGUAUGGAGACUGUCGUAUGCAACGAAAAGGAACAAAUGGUCGUGCUGAGGCAAAUUAAAGUCCUGCACGACAAGCUCAAUGACGUGGUUGAGCUCGUUAAUUACUGCUUCUCUGUUCAGAUAACAUUCUGCGUCGGACUGUGCUUCGUCAUUGGCGUGGUUUGCUCGUUUGGGUUGUUCAAGACGUUGAUCUACUGGGACGAGCUGUACUUCAUGGGCAUUAUGAAUUUCAUCUGGUACUUGUACUAUUUGUUCUUUGUGCUGUUUUUCAUUGCCGUUGGAAGUAAGAUAACGCGUGAGGGCAAACACAUUGGAGUUCUGGUUCACAAGGCCAUCAACUGUUCCACCUCAAGUGCAGUGAUUAACGAGUUAAGCAUCUUCUCGCAGCAAUUGCUGCAUCGUAGUCCGGUAAUUACCUGUGGUUUGUUCGUAUACGAUUGGACGUUGCUUUAUACCAUGCUUGGUGCCACGGCAACCUAUCUUAUCAUUCUGAUCCAGUUCGAUGUUUCGAUUCAAAAUCCAACGAACCUGAAUGAUACGGCGACUGGGACGUAA